UCUCUUUCUCUGCCUCUCUCUCUUUCUCUCUCUCUCUUUCUCUGCCUCUCUCUCUCUUUCUCUGCACUCUCUUUAUCUCUUCCUGCUUCUCUCUCUCUCUCCUUUCCCUCUCCCCCCAGUCUCUCUGCCCAGUGUCCCGCUUCGUCCUCGCCCCUUCUCCCCCCCCCCCCCCCCGUCAGACGCUGCUGGGCCAGGGGUGGAGGGUGUGAGUGUUGGGGGCCGGACAGUCCCGCCCAGCUCUCUCCCCCCUCGGUACAAAGCUCCGGCGCCGGGCGGGGUAUCGAGCGCAGCGGCCGGUGCUGGGAGGGAGCCGCCGGCGGAGGGGCACGGACCGGGACCGGGUCUUCACACCGACCGCUGGUCAGGGGGAGUCUAACUCGGCCUCCCCAGGAGGAGGGUGACUGAUCCAGGAUCCGGACACCCAGACCCUCACCAUGUCCCGGGACGUCCGCAUGUGGUUCCUGCAGAUCCUCGGCCCUGGCAGGUCGGCCGGAUCCAGGGGCCGGAGCGCCGACUCCCACCUCAACGUGCUGACACCCGACAACAUUCCUGAGUUCUGCAUCCCUCCCCGCAGGGCCGCGUCCCCCGGGCGGAGGCCCGGGGCCCUCCAGGCCGCUCGCCGUCACCACAUCCAGGUGGAGAGCGCAGGCCCCGGCCCGGGGGAGAUGGAGGGGCAGGAGGUCCCGAUGUCAGGGCCUGGACUGGUCCCGCUGCACGCCAACCCGUCCGAGAUCAUCUACCUGCCCAAGAGCCCCCACACCCGCAGGAAAGAGUCCCUCUUCCACAGCCCCGAGGCCUGGCCUGGGGCCUACUUGGGCCCGCAGGGGGUUAAUCCGGGCCCUUGGGCCCACCCGGGCCUUCAUGGGCCUUGGGCCUUGGACAGCGACACCGCCUCCUCGGCCGACUCCUCGCCUUUCAGCUCCCCAUUGCCCCCCCGGGCCUGCGGGCAGCGGGGGUUCCGUCCAUCGGAGCCUCCCCUCAGCGUCCCGGCCAAGGAGACCGCGCUGGCCCUGGACAGGGGCGGGACGCUAAGGGUGGAGGCCGAGUACAGGCCGGAGGACGGGAGGCUUCGCCUCAGGCUGUUGACGGGCCAGGACCUGUACCCGGCGUCCUUCCAGGCCCGGGAUGUGGGCUGCUGCGUGUCUCUCUGCCUCCUGCCCGGCAAGGCCCAGAAACAGCGGAGUGCCAUCGUCAGGAGGAGCCGGGAACCCGUCUUCAACGAGGACUUCUUCUUCGAGGGACUGUCCCAGGAUGAGCUGAGCCGCCGGGCCUUGAGGUUCAAAGUCCUGAACCGGGCCUCGGGGGUCAGGAGGGACUGCGUGAUGGGGCAGUGCUGCCUGGAACUGUUCUCCGUCCUCCCUGCGGCCCACGCCCUGAGCAGGGGCUAGCAGCGAGGGAGGAGGGGCCGAAUUCCGGCAUCUGCACUGCCUGUGAUUUCCUGCGAAUAUUUAUCUUGUCUCGCAAUAAAAUUCCAGCCUGUCUGA